AUGGGCUUGCCAAAGGACAAGGAGCGCGAUGUCGACAUCACAAGCAGCGUUGUUGCCAGCGCCAGCGAUGAGGUGCGACCGCGCGAGCGACGACCUCGCAGCAAGAGCGAGCGAGUCAAGGGCGACAGAGAUCACGACAGAGAUCACGACAGAGAACGAGAUCGAGACCGAGAGAGAGAAAGAGAUGGACUUCGGCCACACAAGUCCAAGUCGACUCGUUCCAAGCCAGUCGAUGGCGAUGCUGACUCGCACUCGUCCACAUCACGACGCCGUCACCGAACGAAGGAGGAGAAGGAGCAGAGGCAUCGGGAAAGAGAACGGGAGAGGGAGCAGGCACGGGAGAAGAAAACUUCUUCCAUGAGCGAUCUGGUGCCUGAAUUGAGUAGAACUACCAGUAGCAGAGUUAGUCUGCCGUACCCAAGCUUCAGCAAGGCGCAUAGCAAGGAAAGCGUCACCAUAAGCCGGGAAGACAUCUCGUCAACGUCUGCAGCGCAGAGAGCCGACCCCUGGACCCCUGAGACAACCGAUCUGAGCUCGAGGGCCGACAAACACCCUUCCAGAUCCUCGGAUAAUCGCGGCGAUGGGAGUGGCGUUGAAAGCAGGGGGGCGAGCAAUCAGAAUGAUGAACGGCCGCCCAGUCCACCUGUGAGACGACCGCCCAGUCCACCCGAGACUGACCUUUCCGCUGAGAGACGACGAAGUCGUACAUCCACAUCACACAAUCGAGAUAGAGAAAGCCCGGCACCAGACAGCAGGCCGAGGUCGAGAGCUAGUGGCAUCUCACGGUCGGACUCGCGGAACGAUGACAAGUCUAAGCUGUCUACGAAAUCCAAAGCAUCAAGCCAGGCCACCUUCGUCAAGGCCACAGCCUUCAAGAUGCCGGCGGGAGUACAGAUCACAGCGGGUGCUCGCUCUGCAGCUACCUCGGUUCUACCCAGGCGGUCCGCUUCAGGGAAGAAAGGAAGAACCCCCUCGCCGAUUGAUAUUGACGACUCUCCUGAAUCCGUGCAAGACUCGUCGCCCAAGACACCUACUGUGACGCCACAGUUUCCCCCUCCACAUGUCUUCCCCGAAGAGAAGCGAUUUUCUGCACCACAUAUCAGAUACGACGACAAUGAUCGUCCCACGCCUGCAGCCACCCCUAUGACCGACUUUGGACCCCCUCCUCCACCACCUCCUCCGCCGCCGACGUUGAGCAUACAAGAAAUACCUCGAGUGGAUUACCUUCUCCAGAAUGGAGGUCUUCAACAUCCGGUAUCGAAAAAUUUCCUUGCCGUCAUACCACCGUUCAAUGGCAAUAAGCCAUCCAACCCCCCUCUAGCUGGCGCAGAACGACUUUUUGCCCCUUUCUUCAACCUCCUGGAUCAGUACCAAAACGUGAUCCACAAGCAGGGUUCAGUUGCCGUCGCAACCGGUCACAAGUCAGUAGCAAGAAGGCUGCUAGACCGACUAGAAGACGUAUUCUCCAGAGAUUUACCAGAAGAAGGAUGCAACUGCAUCAUGUGUGAGAGUACACCAGGGGAACACCGAGGUCUGGGUUGGGGUGAAGUGCUGGAGAGAGUUGGAGGGCGCAUAGAUCUGCCACCAUGGCCGCCGUUCGACCUCGCCAACCUGGGCGUCAAGGGGCACGAAGGAGCCACAGACCUGCCACCUCGUCCCUCUUCGCCGGUCAAGCUAGACCCUGACAUCGCCGAAGAGUUCAGAGAGCACUACCUUCGCCAGUCAAAAAAGGUCAGGUCCGCUGUGGAUAAGUGGUUGAACGUUUGCUCCGAUGCUCCAGCGCCGCCACCACAGGAAGUUGACGAUGAGACCCUAACAUUUGCUAUUCUCACUAACCUGGACAAUGAAGAGCGCCCUUACUUCAAUGCUCUUCUGUCAGGUGCUCGAGAGUUACAGGCGACUGUAAGAGCCCCAACGCCAAACGUGCGCAAACCCCGAGUAGACUUCAUUGUGAAAAUGGGUCUUGCUUUGCAGCGACUGUACCGCCUGCCCAUCGUUCCUCGUGAUGCUGAAACCGCAAUGUACCUCAUUAAGAACCCGUUCCACCACGAUCUUCUGGUCACCAUCAGCGACAUUAGCCUUCAAGAAUGGGAGAUUCUCACAUCAGGUCGUUUCGACGGCUUCCUCUGGUCUGGUGCCGACGGCGACGAAGGCAUCACGCCAACUGCCGAGAACCCCCUUUCGCGUGGACCUACACCUGCUAAUGGCGGCUUUUUCUCGCCCGCACGUGGUACCACACCAGCCAAUGGGUUCUUCUCGCCUCCUCCCUCACGGGGUCCUUCCGUUUCUGGGAUGGGAUAUCGACCGACCUCUGGUUUUGGUACGUCGCGCACCACGACGCCUUUCAGUGAUGUGUACAGUCGUGGGACCACUCCGGCGUCAUUCGUCUCCCUCUCCUCGUCUGUGGUACCCGGUGCUCCCGGGGCUCACAACAAGCAAGCCGUCUCGCUCGACGAAGAAAUUGAAAUGGCAGCACUGGCUGAAGUAGAACGCGAGAUAUACCAAGGGAUGGAAGCCCUGGAAGACGCUUUUGAAAAGCUACAUCAUCGCGCAGAGAUGGUGCGCAACGCGCUGCGGCAGCGCAACGCGGGGCUCAUGAUGAGCAUGCAGGCGCGCCGAUCAGGCCAUAAUAUCGACGUCUUGCCUCAGAACAGCGGUAACUCCUUGGGCAACGGGUACGAAAGGCCAUAUUGGGCGGCCAGUGGAGACGACGAGACGAGUGAGAGUGAUUGGGGAGGCGAUGAUGUUGAGUUAGCGCCCGACGAUAGCGCGAGCAACAUUAGUAGUUCUCGCCAUCGCAGGCCAAAGAGGCGGAAGGAACGAAUGACGCCAGCUCCUAUCGAAGAGGAUGAUGAAGAGAUUUGA